UCUUCAGCUGUGAGAAUAAAAGACUGCCUUGUGGCAUUAGAAUGAAAAAAAGAAAGAAGGGAAGAAGUGUGUGAGAGACUAUAAGGGCUGGAAAAAGAGAAAGUGGUGGAGAGAGCGAACAUGUAGGUGGGGGAAUAGUGCAGGACAGAGAGGGAAGAUAUUUCUAGUACUGAAUGUAAUUUGUCCAUCCUGCUCUGGUGCUCCACAGAGUUUAAGGUGUCUUAAAGUCAGCUUGAGUUAGAAAGACAGCUUUUUUCAGCACUCAGGAUUACACAUGGGACCCUGUUAGGCUCUGAACUCAUAGGAUCUUAACAAAUGUCAUGAAGAGAUCGAUAACUCCAUAGAUAUGGACAGGCUGAACCGGAAUGUUCCAGAACACGGCCGUCAGACUCAUCAGGUCCUGCAGAGCACACCACUAGACCUGAUUGAAACUGGCAAGACUCUCAAAGUCCAGGCAGAACGACCCCAUCUCGUCAGCUUGGGAAGUGGCCGUCUGAGUACAGCUAUAACGCUGCUGCCCCUGUCAGAGGGAAAGACUACUCUCGGGCAUGGGAACACAGAUAUUAAUAUUCAGGGUCCGGGUGUCACUGCUCUACAUUGCUACAUUGAAAAUGUGGGGGGAGCCAUCACCCUGUACCCCUGUGGAAAUCAGUGCUCAAUGGAUGGCUUAGCAGUUACCAAACCUGUCAGACUCACACAAGGGUGUAUGCUGUGUUUUGGUCAGUCAUCCUUUUUCCGCUUUAACCACCCAGAGGAGGCCCUCAGGAUGAAGAGUUUGAUGCCAGGUGGAAGCCCUGGAUUUACCAGUACCUACAAAAACCAUUCAGAAACCCAUGGGCAGCUCAAUGGAAACCACCUUGCUUUGCAAGAGCGACCUCGUCCUGGACAAGGCACUCUUGUGCGCUCUAUUGACAAGGAUCUUCAUGACAUUAUGAAUUCUCUGACUAUGGAUGAAGGCCAGACUUACUCAUCUGAGCAAUGUAAAAAUGCCCGCCACCCCAUUCCAAAGUCUGCUCAACGGGAGCUCAUGCUCAACGGGAGUGGCCACAGUCUUGUUUCCCAUCCAGCUAGUCCUGGUACUUUGUCUGUAAGCUCCAGCUAUGAAAAUACCAGUCCUCCUUUCUCCCCCCUCUCCACCCCUUCUGUGGUUAGCAGUACAGGGUCUUGUUCGAACUCCACUAAUACCCGUUCCACCAGCUACACCCAUAUUGUCCAGGCCCCAGUGCCACAGCCACGCACUUUUGCAUCCAAAGGCAGCAGUUCCAAUGGAGGGCUAAAGGAUCAAGAAAGUUCCAGGCUUCAAAAAGCCUUAACUGAAACCCCCUCAAGUCCAGUGACGAACCGCAGAGGAUCUUCUAGCCCUAGAUCCAGUGUUGGCUCAUCAGUCCAAGAGACUUCUUCCAGUCUUCAGUCCCAUUCACGUGCACUCCUUCCUCCAGACAGUCCCCAGUCAUCCCGUCGUAGUGUAGAACCAUCCAGCAUGCGUGAACUUCCUCCUCUCAGCCCGUCCACAGCACGCAGAGGUGUCCUUGGGGUACCAGUUCUCCCUGGAGCUCUGCCCGGCAUUCCUUCGACCUCUCGUGGCCGGACUGUACCAGAGAGUCCUUGUCUUCAACGAAGAGCCACAGCUGAGGAAGAAGUAGGAAAUACGAAACUGCAUGCCAGAAGUCCAUCUCCUGUAUCUGCUCUUUUGAAGGACCAGUCGUGCGGUAAGCAGAAGGGGGGUCUCACCCCAGCUCUUGGCUCUCAGGCAGGUGUCUCUCCCCUCACUAGUCCCCGUAACCAGAGAAAGAACUCCAGGGAGCCUCGGCAGGUUCAGCCGCGCACACGGGAACGUAAGAACAGCAUUUCAGAGGUCAGCGACAAAGAGGAAGACCUUCUGGAGUACCAUCGCUGGCAAAGAGAAGAAAGGAUGCGUGAGCAGGAAAUGGAGAGGCUGGAGAGACAGAGACUUGAGACCAUCCUGAAUUUGUGUGCCGAGUAUAAUAAGAGUGACCCUCUGGUGGGCGUGGACACAGGGAGGGCGUGUCAAUUUCCAGGGAUGGAGGAGGUCUCUGUUCGGCGACCCGGCCCUGACCCUGCAAGUGGGUUAGCCCAGAGCUCUCACAGGCAGAGAGAGAGUGAGGAGGAGAACCUGAAAGAGGAGUGUAGCAGCACUGAGAGCCAGCACCAGGAGCAUGAAGAUUCUUCAGUGCUUGGGCAGCAGGAGAGAGCUUAUCUGGAGGAAGAGCGGCUCAGGGUUAUGGCUCGAGUGGACGAACUGAAGACUCGUGUCACUGACAUGGAACAGCAGAUUCAGGAGUCUAGACAAGAGGCAGAGAUGGAGAGGGCAUUACUGCAGGGGGAACGGAGGGCGGAGCUUGAUCAAGUGGAGGCAGAGCUGGAGAUCAUCAAUCAACUUCAGCUGAAACUGAAUGAAGUGGAAAAUUCAACUCAGAGGGAGAAAGAGAAGGAGAGAGCAAAAGUCUCAGCUGAGCGGGAUGUCCUGGCCAGGCUGAGGGAUUCGUACAGUGAGCUGAAGGGCCAGCUUCAUAAUUGCCCCGAAUCACUGAGGGAGCACUUACAGGAACAGCUGACCAGGAAGGUGGAGGCACUGGAGUCGGCCACUAAGCGCUUUGAGGAUUUGGAGUUCCGCCAGUUGGAGCGAGAGAGUGGCAUAGAAGAGGAGAAGGAGACGGUCAGUAGGCAGCUGUUGCAAGAGAAGGCAGAGUAUUUCCGGACUGUGGUCAAAAGGAAGGAGAAAAUGGCAGCUCUGGAGAUCCAGGCUAAUCAACUUGGAAUUCAGUCAGCGCAGGAUUGUGAAAGGAUGGCCCUACAGAUGCUUCAGAAGGAAAAGGAGAGACUGUCUGCCCUGGAGAAGAGAUACCAGAGCCUGACCGGUGGAAAGACUUCCUCCAAGCCUGCCAACUCUAAGGAGGAAGUGCUUUACAUCAGUGAACCUGACCUUUUAAAUGAACUCCCAACCCAGAAUUCUCUGCUCCCCUCAUCAUGUUUUCAAAGAUCUACCCCUCAGAUAUAUUCUAACAGGCCACAGGAGGAGUACCUCAGACUCUCUGAUGUAUAUAAGAUGUAUGGGAACGGAUGUAUCCCCGCCCAGACUGCCUUCCCUAAUGCUCUUUGUCUACCGCUGGCUGUAACAUCAGACACACCUCGUGAGGAGUAUGUGACAGUCAGUCAGUUAAACCAGCUGUUCGGGAUGCCCAAAGUUGACCCCUCCCCCACAUCUCCAGUCCAAUCAUUCCAAGCUAUUGUCGCUGACCCUGUCAACUCCAGCCACACAUACCAGUGUGGCUCCUCCCAGUCACUUCCUGUUGAGACCCAGCCUGCAUGGACUAGGCCCUCAAUCCCCAGGCUAGAUUCAGAGCGCUGGUACCAGGAGAUUAUGGCAGCAGGGGAGCCCAGUCAUGCCUGUCCUCCCCCUCUGCCAGCUAAGUGUAUCUCCUCACGUAAACCUAUGCAGAUCUAUAAGCAGGACAGUGAGCUGGGACAGAACAACGGCACCUUUACACCCCCGCCUUCCAGUAUGAGCACAUCAGGCAGAAACACUCCCACCAAAAGUCUCCCAGAUCUGUCUCCUGCUUAUUUGGACUUAGACUCCAAGAGACAAUUGGAUCUACAUGGCAGAGGGCUCUAUACUUGUGAUGAUUCCAGAAUCAGGCCUAUGGAUCCUAAACAGAACCACUGGGGGGCACCACAGGACUCUCACUCCCCUUUCCCACCUUCAGGUGCUCCCAUGGUACACCACUCCAUUCUACACCACCAAGCACCCCCAGCUGGAGAGUCAGCAUAUGACACUCUGAGUUUGGAGAGCUCUGACAGUGUGGAGACCAGCGUAUCUACUGGCAACAACUCCACCUGUUCACCUGAAAGCAGCAAUGGGCUGGCCGGACUGAGGCUGGAGGAGAUGGAGAAGAUGUUGAAGGAGGCCCAGCAGGAGAAAGCCAGACUGGUGGAGAGUCGAGAGAGGGAAGUCCAGGCACGAAAGCAGCUGCUGGAGGCUGAGAGAAGGCGGCGAGAGGAGGUGGAGAGGAGGCUCCAGGAUGAGACUGCACACAGACAGAGACUUGUGGAGGAAGAGGUCAAGCUGAGAGAGAAACAAUGUUCCCAGGCUCGGCCAAUGACGCGCUACCUGCCUAUUCGAAAAGAGGAGUUUGACCUGCGUUCUCAUGUGGAGUCAUCAGGCCACUGCGUGGACACAUGUGCAUAUGUCAUUGUUACAGAGAAAAUGUGCAAGGGCCAUCUUGUGAAGAUGGGAGGCAAGAUCAAAUCUUGGAAAAAACGCUGGUUUGUCUUUGAUCGACUUAAAAGGACCUUCUCUUAUUACGUAGAUAAACAUGAGACCAAACUAAAGGGUGUCAUCUACUUCCAAGCUAUAGAAGAGGUGUAUUACGAUCACCUGCGCAGCGCAACUAAGAGUCCGAAUCCUUCGCUAACCUUUUGUGUGAAGACUCAUGAUCGACUUUAUUUCAUGGUGGCACCGUCCCCAGAGGCCAUGCGCAUUUGGAUGGAUGUCAUAGUAACGGGAGCCGAGGGCUACACGCAGUUUAUGACCUGAGGGAGAGCGGAUGCAAUUGUGCCUGCAGUGAUGUGAGAGCAGGCAGGACUCAUUUAAAAGGACGUGUAACAUAUGCAAUAUAAUGUUUAAAAACUUCAGCCAGCACUGACAUUGUGACAAGAGAAAAACUGGAAAGCAGGCUGGCCUGAUGACGACGUAUUAUUGUGCAACUGAUGGUCAGAUUUUAUGUUACUAAAAACAGAAACUGAAAAUAUAUAUAUAUAGAUGGAAAGAGUGGAAGCAAAGAAUGUUUUUCUCUGUAUUGUUGUAAUAUAGAGAAAGGAGACAGUUACAGAGCUUGCAGUAUUUUAUGGCAUUUCAAAUCAAUCAUAUUGCAUUUUUUUAAUCUACAGUUUUAUGGUGCCAAGUAUUCAGGGGUACAUACAUCAAUGUAUUAACUUUUUACUUGUAGUUAUUUAGGUGCAGUUAUAUACAAUGAGAUUAAAUUUAAUAGUACAUGAUAGCAGUCAUAAUCUCUUUUAGGUAGAAAAUCAGCAUUCACAUUUUAAAUAGCUAUGAAAUAUAUUUUACUGCAUUUCAGGUGCUGUAUUUGUCAGAUAUAUAUAAUGUUCUUUGCUGCAAAGUUUAUAAAAAAAAUGGUUCAGGUGCUCAUAUAUGUAACUAAAAACUGUAGCCCUGCUACCUGAUUUGUAAAUUUAUCAUACAAGAUAAUUUGGUGGGGGACCAUUGCAGUAAAUAUUUUUGGUUUCAAGACCUUUGUACCGACAGGUUUUGCCUUGCCAAAGCUUCACCCGUAUUGAUAUAUGUACUCUGACUUGCACAUCUUUUAUUUCAGGGUUUAAAAAAAUAUGUGGAUGUGCCACUAUGAUUUAUAAUCCGAUAUUGUGCUGUUCAGAUUAUUGAUAUCACCUUUAAUGAGAAGAACAGUGUAAACUUUUGAUAAUUCAGUGUUACAACACUAACAAUGUAUUUCUAAAUAUUAACUUUUUUAAAACAAGUAGCAUAUACUCUUAAGCAAAUAAAAAGUCUAACGAA